GACAAUUGCUGGCAGGCAGUUCUUAUACAGCUGUAUACAGAAAAGCUGUAUUUGUCUCUGUGGUUGUCUGAUGCAGAGCAAGGAAAAAUAACCAGCUGAUGGAGCUCCUUUUCUCCUGUGCUCUAAGCAUCUGGGUCAGGCUGCUGGCAGGGACCACAUACGCCAGCAGAGAAGGUAAGGAUUUCAAAGCUGUCUUUUAAACCUGCUGCACCCAGCUGUGCUUUGAGGAGCAGCCAAAAUCCCACAGUGUGUGCACAGAAUGCAAAGCAGGGCUUCCACCCAACCCCAGCACAGCCCUGUGCAGGCACCCAGCGAGCCUCAAACCUCCCCCAGACCUGGAGCCCAGCACACCUGGGUUCUGCACACAGCAGGAGUAGAGGUGCUAUAGAGGUUACACUUCAGUAUAAACCAAACUUGCUCUUGAUGGAGAUAACACACUGCCUCUUUCAUUACCGGACGAGUUAUUUAAUGCGUUAAGCUGAGGUUGGAACUAAGAGGCACAAGUAUUCCUGUUGGAGCUAAUGUUUGCUCUUGAAUACAGCUAAGUUCUUGCCAAGGGGCAUUUCAACUGCUAGGUGAGACUCUGCUUGUUUAGAUUACCAUGCAUUUAAAAAAAAAAGUGCACCGUUGAAAUGCUACUGCCCUUCUCAUAGCAAUUUUAAGUGUUUGUUUUCUUAAGUCAUUUCACAAUGAUGUUCAUUUAGCCAUGAGUUAGGAGGAAAAACGCUGAGAUGAGUGCAGAAGCCCAUAGGGCCUCAGAUCACGCUGCUCCCCUGCACAACCCACUCCUGCUGUCAGUCCCCACAUGCAUGAAGGAAAGCCUCACUGGGGGCUAUUAUCUCGUUUCAUCUCAUUUCUCAUUGUCACACAAUCAGCUGCGAUCAGAUAAAGGCACAUCUACCCCUGAUUUGAGUAUCUGCUCUGGCAGGAUAUUGUUAUCGCUGCAAAUGUGUAACAGAAAAUGCACACGAAAGAAGGGAAGAUUUGCUGAGUUAAAAGUGCGUACCAAUGCCAUCCAUGGAAACAACAGAGUUCAGGAAGCUCAAGGAUGAAAGGAUACACAAUGAGGACAUGGUAGCAAGGACUCAAGCAACCUUCCUGGAAUGCGUUUCAUCGGGAAGAAAAGAGACGACUGCCUUAUUUUAUGGAUGGCACUGAAGUAGACUUUGACAUUCUUUGGAAGCACACCACAGACUUGGCAUGGGAAACCACAGCAACAACCAUACCUGUUUGACAGAUGAUUCCUUUAAGUACAACUUGUAUGGAGCCGUGUACAGCGUGGUCUUCAUCCUCGGUCUGAUCACUAACUGCGCUUCCCUCUUUGUUUUCUGCUGCCGGAUGAAGAUGCGGAGCGAAACAGCCAUCUUCAUGACCAACCUGGCGGUUUCAGAUCUGCUGUUUGUGUUCACUUUGCCUUUUAAAAUUUUUUACAACUUCAACAGGCAUUGGCCUUUUGGAGAUAGCCUGUGCAAGAUAUCUGGGACGGCGUUUCUCACCAAUAUCUAUGGGAGCAUGCUGUUCCUCACCUGCAUCAGCGUUGACCGUUUCCUUGCAAUAGUCUAUCCGUUCCGAUCCCGUACCAUUAGGACCAGAAGAAAUUCAGCCAUAGUCUGUGCUGGUGUUUGGAUACUGGUCCUCAGCGGUGGAAUCUCAGCCUCGUUGUUCUCCACCACCAAUGUUUCCAACACCAGCACCACCUGUUUCGAAGGCUUUUCCAAACGUAUCUGGAAAACCUAUUUGUCUAAGAUUACUAUAUUUAUUGAGGUGGUGGGAUUCAUCAUUCCUUUGCUACUCAACCUCACGUGCUCUUCCUUAGUUCUCAGGACUCUCCGGAAACCUGCCACCUUGUCUCAGAUCGGGACAAACAAAGAGAAAGUAUUGAAGAUGAUCAUUGUGCACGUGGCCAUUUUUGUUGUGUGCUUCGUGCCUUAUAACUCCAUACUCUUCUUGUACGCUCUCGUGCGGUCCCAGGCGAUAGCAAACUGCUCUUUGGAGAGGUUUGCACGGACAAUGUACCCAAUCACACUGUGCAUUGCUACCAUGAACUGCUGCUUCGACCCGUUCAUCUAUUACUUCACAUCAGAAUCCUUCCAGAAGUCUUUCAACAUAAAGACCCAGAUAAAAAUGGAUUCUCUUUUCAAGACUGAGGCCCCUCUAACAAAAACUGCUCUACCAGCACAGCAGGAUGAAAUAAGUGACCAGGCCAUUACAAACGGGGGAGAUCCAACGUCUGAAUCUCAUUUCUAGUGCCACGUUGACACAUGCCUUAUCCCCCAUUACCUUUUCAUUAACGCCAGGUGUGAAGCAGUUCUUUGAGAGCACAUGGGUUCUCACAUACUGCUAAUGAAUAAAAGUCACUGGGGGAAUAACUGCAUAGGUAGAUAAGUUCCUAUGGUGGGAUGGUCCCACCAAAUGUGAUAGCUAAACACAAAACACAAAAAUCCUGAUGGCGCUCUAUAGAGAGAAUGGCUGAGUGACAACAUAUGUACCAGCAAAGGAGGGAACAGAACAGAUUCCUUAAUCAGAACGUGCAGAACAUGCCAACAUUUGGCAUUUCUUCUCCCCAGUGGUUGACAUGGGACCAGUUGGGAAAUUUCAAGUUUAAUUUUUCUUAGAGAUAUCUGCCAGUAUUUCAUGCCUUCUGAAAUGCAUCAUCGUAUGUUAACUCAGUAACUUCACACAAUAUGUAUGUUUGCUUAAAAAGGUAUAAUAAAAGCUUUGGGCUUUUCCUUAUUUCACUGCAAGAGUAUAUGCAUCCCAGCUUUACUAGAUACAGCCAGUUAAGUUUACUGUAUGAAAGGUUUGGAGCGUACAUAACUCUUUUGAAAGUAGGUAGAUCAGUUGCUUGAUGAUAUAAAAAAAGCUAAAAGCUAAUUAAGGAUGCAGUUUCAAAGUAAGUUUCAUUCUGUAAGACUAAACUGUCUCUUAAUUUAUUUUUAACUCUCCCUAGAGAUGUCUCUUAGGAGCACAUUACUGCUCCGUUGCACCUGGGCUUUUGUGUCCCAGGAGAUUAUGGGACUGUUUCUGGUAAGUCAGCUGAAGGAAGGGGCCUGGAACCCCACAGCUCUCACCAGCCCAAGCCUCUCCAGUGGGACAGUGUGAGGCUGAAGAACCCCGGAGUGCUGCCCUUACAAAAGAGCAUUUGGAUACAGACAAUUGGUGUCAGAGCGUCCAAUUAACAGAAGACAUCCAAUUAACAGAAGAUCUUGUCAGUAAUUGCCUGCUGGAUUUUUGCUAUACACGCAACUAAUUAAACUAAAAGAUCUCAAAGUAACUCCAGAAGAAGUUAAACGAGUUAGCCACGCUCCUCUUCAUUACCACAAUGUUUCCUUGUUUUGCAAUUAAUUUAUUACAUAUCUUGCAUUUCCUUUUAUAGAAAUAGAUUAUAUAAAUAUAUGUGGAAAAUUAA